AUGCACCCUCACCCCAAAAAAAGAACAUUUCUCUAGCAAUACACACCAAACUGAGCAUGUGCAGAGUGUCUCCUAGGGAUCUGUACUAUCAGCAGAUGGAUUGGGGACAUUAGAAGACGGGGAGGAUCAGAGAAGGAUCAGGAUCAAACAGCCUUUUUACACAAUGCAGAGGAUUAACCCCAUAGGCUCCACAGUGAGUAUAACAAGCAUGUGCUACUGCCAGGGGCGGACUGACAACUCAUGGGGCCCCCGGACAAUAGGGGAUCAUGGGGCCCCUGUGUUCUUGCCCAAACUCAAAAAAGCCUAUGAAAAAGGUACCAGGGGCAUCUCAUGGGGCCCCCUACUGACCCUGGGCCCUUGGGCAGUGCCCGAGUUUCCAAAUGGUCAGUCCACCCCUGGCGUGCACACAGCACCAGGCUGCUCAAGCUGCAUAAACACAUGGCCCAUUCAUGGAUUAAGACUCCUAGCAUCUAUAUGAAUUAGGCCUAACUCUUUAUCCAUAAAAAAUGGGAAACAGACGAGAAAAACUGAUAUCUCCUGUUAGUUUAAGUUCACA